UUUUUUUUUUUACAUCUCAUAAUAAACAAUGUCUUUCUCAUUAAAUACAAAAAAUAAUAAAAGAUUAAUUAUCUUUGCUUUAAUUUUUGUAUUAUCCUUUUUUUAUUUUAUGCCUACAUUCUCACCUCAUCGUUCUUUAUCACAUAAACUUCAAGUUCCUUCUUCUUAUCAAACAAACGAAGGAACUCAAUUUACUUUUAAAAACUUGAAUGAAGACUCUCAACAAGCUAAAAUUUUGGUAUUGACUCCUUUAAAAGACGCUGUUCCUUAUUUGGACCGUUACUUUGAAUUAUUGGACCAAACUACUUAUCCUAAUCAUCUUCUUUCUUUGGCUUUCUUGGUAUCUGAUACAACUGAUAAUACUAUUGAAGAAUUACAUCGUCAUGCUGAAACCUUACAAAAUAGAUUUUGGUGGAAUCGAUUCCAUGAUAUCCGUGUCUUUCACAAGGACUUCAAAUUCGAUUUACCCAAUGAUCAACGUCAUAAAUAUGAAAUGCAACCUCUUCGUCGUAGUGUCAUGGCUCGUUCUCGUAAUUAUCUCCUCUCUUCUGCUCUCCGUGAUGAAUUCCAAUAUGUCGCUUGGGUGGAUGUCGAUGUUGUAAGAUAUCCUCCUACUAUUUUUGAAGAUUUGAUGGCUGCCAAUGAAGAUGUUGUAGUACCUAAUUGUUUAUUGGAUCGUGAAGAUGGUGCUUUUUAUGCUUAUGACAAGAAUAAUUGGCAAGAAACUGAUCAAUCAAUGGAAAUUCAAAAAGGAUUGGAUGAAGAUUUUGUUUUAUUAGAAGGUUAUUAUGAAUUCCCUACUCAUCGUUAUUUGAUGGUGGAUAUGCCUACUCACCUUGGAUUGGAUUAUAAAGUUCCUUUGGAUGGUGUAGGUGCUACUUUCACUUUAGUCAAGGCAAAUGUACAUCGUGAAGGUGCCAAUUUCCCAGCUUAUCCUUUCCAUCAUCAAGUAGAAACAGAAGGAUUUGCAAAAAUGGCCAAGGCAAUGGGUUUCUCCGUAGUUGGACUUCCUUCUUAUCUCAUUUAUCAUAUUCAAAAUCAUUAGUUAUUAUACUUACCUUUUUUUUUUUUUUACAUCCCUUCUAUUUUUCUCUUCUUCAUUCAUC